CCUUGCAUGGCCUUGUUGAACCUCAUCAGGUUUACGUGGGUCCAGCUCUCAAUCCUAUCCAGGUCCCUCUGGCUGGUGUCCCUUCCUUCUAUUGUACCAACUGCACUGCUCAGCUCGGUGCCAUCAGCAAAGUGCUGAGGGUGCACUCAGUCCCAUCAUCGAUGUUAUUGGUAAAGGUGCUGAGGAGCACCAAUCCCUGUUGAAGAGUUAUUGGGGAUCUCCUCCCCCCGGCUGUAGGGGGAUAUUUGGUAAAUGGAUUAAACCACUUUGAAAGCAUAAAUUUGGUGUGACUUGAUCUGAGAGAUCCUUGGGUGGCCACAUGUCAACGUUCUAUCACACUGCAGUGCUCACAGCCUUGUCCCUUCCCAUCCCAGUGUGUACCCCAGUGACCCAGCUGCCUGGCCUCUGCCUCAGGUGCAAUGUAGCCAAAAAUCACCACUAUUCAGGUGCUCGCUCCCUGUACCUGCACAGAUGUGAGUUGGGAUGUUCCAGAUGAAAACCCUUUUGUGGAGCCCAUGUGGAAUAUGUGACCGUGCAAGUUGCAGCAAGUAAUAGGUAGGGACCAGUUUCGUGGAUGGGUUUUGGUACUACCACAAAGAGCAGGAGUGUCUGUGGAACUACAGAACAGCCAAUGAUGAGGUCUGCAGCCUCGUGCUCGCGAGGUGGCCCUGAUUUUUCCAGUAUGCAGUAGGCAUGAGACUUUCAAGCCAAGGGCUUCAAGGAGGUUUGAGUUUCCUCUGAGAGACCACAGCUGUGAGGCUGACAUAAAUCCCAGGGGAGGAAGCUUCCGUCAUAAACCUUCCCAGAGGCUGUAGGAGGGUACCUUUGCCAGCAGUUGUAACUUCUGCUCUGUUGUGCUGGUGUCAGUGGGUUGUGAAGCGGAUCAUUGCAGGCUGAGAUGGAGGUUUCUCAGGACAGAUCUGCUUUUGUUUUUUGUUGUUAUUUUUGUGUGUGUGGGUUUGCCCUAAAGUAAGAUGGCAUGAUAACGAAGGCUUUAGGUUGUGCAUCGUGUGUGCUUAAAUAUUGAAAUGAGCAAAUAUCAAACAGCCGGUCUGUUUUUCGUAUUGACCCUAACGUUUGCUUUUUUCCCAGAUCCUUAUGGUUUCAGAACAGUGUCCUCCCAGAGACAUCACUCUCAUUUUUCCUGAGAUUGUUGUGUUGCAGAUGGUUGUGUCUUCUUUGCAGCCAAUGGUCACUCCCUGUGUCACACCUUUGAUAGGCUCCAGGGAGGCAGAAAUAGAGCCCAUGUAAUGCAGGCAUGUGUGAAUAAAUGUCUGAGAAUCAGAAAAUGGAAAAAUCCAGCCUGCUGUGCUGUGAGUGAUGCUGGUUUGCAGCUCUCUUAGGGUUCUGUAAAGUAUAUUUUUAAAUGAAGCACUUCAAAACGCAGGAAGAUGUCUGGGUCUGCCUGCUUGUCUUACACAGUGAGCAUGAUGGCAGAGAACAAAAGUCAAUGGCAAGGAUGUCAUUCUGGUCUGUACACUGCAAGAAGGCACAGUUGUCCUGCAGCCAUUUUCAUUGCAGAAGUUGUCCUCCAUACAGCUCUGUGCAGCCAUCCUGAUGUAAAAAUUACCAUAAAAAGUGAUUGGUCUUUACUCUGCCUUUUGAGGGAAGAUAGCGAAGAUAGCAUGGGCAGUGCAUUUGGCAGUGCACAUCAAGAGAGACGUCCUUCAGAGUGCACACAGAUCAGAACCCACAUUCUGUGAUUCCCCAGGGCGGCAGUGCAUGAUGUCUGAGGUGCUCCUGUCUGUCCUGCCAGCUCCCAUCCUGCAUAUCACCUCCAGCAGCAUGGGGGAGAAUUUACCACCUUUACCAUCUCUGAGCUCAUUGUAAAUCAGGGAGCUCAUUCUAAAUCGGGGGAAAAUAAUUAUUGUUGCUGUAAAUACUCUAAUAAGGAGUGUUUCUAUGUCUGAAGAGCACUUAGCUGGUCAUACAUAGGAAUGAUGUUUCAUAUUGCCUUACAGAUGUUGAGGAAUAAAAGGAGCAAAGACUGAAUAUUUGGGGAUGUUGUGUCUGUAUGGUAGGGGCUGAAUAAUAAGGCAGCAUAAUGAGGAUCACCGUGCAGUGAGAGGUGAGGGAAGAGAAUUAGUGAACGUGAAAAAAGUUGCUGUUGUUGGGGCAGAAGCAUUCUAUCAAGAUAGAGAACAUUUUGGUAAUCAUCCUACAAAGCCAUGGAAGUGUUCCUUCCUCCUGGUCGUGCUCUGAAGUGGUGGAGACUGGGAGCCCUGGUUUCCAGUGACAGCUGUUAUAAACAGUUGUGGCGUUCCUCACCAGUCUGUGCUUGAAGACAAUAACAGUUAUCUUAAUUUCUCUGGAGCACCGCAGUACCACAAAGCUGAGUCCUGAGCCAGCUCCAGAUCUCAGUGGCAACGUUCUGCAGCACUAGCACCGUCUUGGAUUGCUAUUUUUCACUGUUAUACUCAGGGGAAAAGGUGCUUUCCAAUCCACUUUGCUUUCCCAGUGCUGGAUUGCUUGGAAAUUCAUUUCAGAAAGGUGAUUUAAUUUGUCCUUAACAUCUCUGUCAUGGAAAGUUUUUUAUGGUGUCUCCAAGCAAUUCCGUUAAGAGCUUUGCUGUUCUGCCAGGUUUCCCCAAGAGCAGUUACCUGCCUCCCUUCAGUAGAGCAGCCAUAGCCUUGGGGACUGGGCUUUUCCUUAUGCUCUGUAGCAGGCUUUCAUGCAUGUAAAGACUGUUGAACAUUUCUUUCAGCUGCGUCGUUUCUGGCCCAGACAUCCCUGUUAAUUCAGUUUAUUCUCAUAGGUCCACUUUUCUGAUAACUCUCACUGCUUUCCUCUGUCCUCUUUCUAUGUAGCCCAUAUCAUCUUGGGAACGCAGUGCCCAGGGCUCAGUGUACACAGGGUUCCUGUUUGUCCAAAAUGAACAAAAUAAGAUCUGUGUGAGGUUUUUUCCUAGUUACACAUCUGCCAAAGUCUUUGCCACUUGGAAGGGCUGUCAGAUUGCUGAUGCUGCUGACGGUACCUCUUGGUCCUACAGUGUGGAGCUGGUUACUCUGCGUCACGCAGUCGGGCAGCUGCUUGUUUCUUAACUCACAUUUAACCUUCUUAUUCCUGCGUGCUAAAACCAGCUUGUAUCACUGGAAGAAGCACGCCAUCCACUUCAUUAACCAAGCCAUUAGUGAAAGCAGUGCCAACUGCUGUGUUUUCUUCUUCCCAUCACAGCAGAGUAUGUUCUGCGUGGUGUUGGUAAGGCUCUGAGUGCUCUCUGGCUGCGUGCUCCAGAUGAGGGCAUUCAGCCAAAUGUUGAUCCCAUUUUCUUCCUGAAUUGCCUCCAGGACAGAGGGUAAGGAGGUACAAGGUGAAUAAAUGCUUCUUCCAGGAAGUGUAAGGCCAUACUUCUGCAAAUGUGCCUAUCGACUUUAUUUACCAGGUGGGGAAUGAGUGGUCAGUGUGCUGCCUUCUGAAGCCACCUCAUUCCCUAAGUUGGCGAUAUGUGGGAAGAUGAGGAGCAAGGGGCACAAGGAUGCUCUGAUUAAUUGUUCAUAGUUAGGCUUAUCAAUUCUACCAUCAUUCUGCUGUUAUCAAACAGGCCGCCCAGGGAAGUGGUAGAAUCACUGUCUCUGCAGGCGUUCAAGAACCUCAGGAAUGUGGUAUGUAGGGACGUGGCUUAGUGGGCAAGGUUGGUGGUAUUUGGAUGGUUGGACUGGAUGAUCUUAGAGGUCGUUUCCAACCUUAAUGUUUUUACUAUCAUGCCUUGUGUUUUUAAGUCAUGACUGCAGAUAGUGGGACAUCACCCAGUGCCUUUCAGAUGCUUCUGCAGGCAAAGCUGUAGGAUACUGGAUUGGAAAAGAGGACAGGCAAGGAAAAAUGGCUGAAGCAGAAAGGUGAAACUCAGUGCGUGUGGAUGGCCUGAAAAAUCCCAGUGGACCCCAUGCUCAGAAUUGGAGUCUCAUGGGAAUGGCUGCACAUACUGAAAUCAGAUUAAAUAAAGCAUCAUCAGAUGCUCUGCAAAGCACAGCACACUGCUGAACUGAGCACAGACAGUUUGGGUGGAAUCUGCAAGAGUUUUUUCUUUUUUAUAUCUCUGUCCAGCAUUAUAGACUACAGCUGAUUUUCAGAGGGCCAGUGCUUGAGCACUGAUUCCUUUGGAUGCCAUGGUCUUUUUCAGAGCGCUCUGUGUUAGCCUAAUUCCCAUUGCUUCCACUGAAUGAACACCAAAGUCUUGCAGACUUACAAGUGAAGGGAAUAGAGCACCAUUAAAUACGUGGGGAAAAUUCUGUAUUUCACAAUAGUCUAAAGUCUAGACAUCAUCUAAAGGAUGUUGUCACAGUGAUACACCAUCCUUUCCUAAAUGGAAUUCAGUGUGUUGGCUCAGGAUACCUCUGGUGAUGAAUCCCAUCAGGUGUGAAGAGAAGAAUUGUGGGCUCUUCUGGGGCAUGGGCUCACAGAACCUCAUCUCUAUGUGCUGAUGUGCUGGGCUUCAUAGGGAGGUUUGGUUGCCCAAAUGUGCUUGGAAGUCCCUCACCUACAUCUGAGUAAUGGUCUGAAAUUCCCUUACAGGAGAGAAAUCGGAUUCAUGACUUAGUAUGCACCAAUAUGAUCUUUCCUCCCAUGAGUUAACUGAAGACAAGUGAUGGACUGAUGUCUGUGAUGUGCUCUGCUUGGUGGUGUGAAUCUCAUUUGUCACAUUUAAUCUCACACUGCACCGUAUCUCAUCAGCCCUCACAAUUCCACUCCUGAUAUGACGUUGAGGAAUAAUGGGAAUGAAAAUUUGAGGAAAAAAAUUAUUAAUUGGAGCUUUUGCAUUGUGUGUUUGUGAUCAGAGACUGCAAGGCUGAUGGAGUUCAGGUAAUGCUCUCAGAACUAAGUGUUCUGGCUCCUGCUUCCUCCUAAGAAGCUCUUGGUGAUGUACUGUAGAGGAUGUUUCUGUGCUACAGCAUCUACCAGCAUCACUGCUUGCUAAUUUCUAGCCUUUCUUUGUGAUUAUUGCAGAACCAAUUAUGAUGAUUAUUACGUGGUUUGGGAUGGAAGGAGCCUUUAUUCCAACCCUGGUAAUGGGCAGAGACAUCUCUCACUACAUCAGGUUGCCCAAAGACCCCUCGUAAGACACGUUGAGUCACAAGGUGUAGUGGUGGUGGCUUGGAUAGCUUGUGUGUGUAUAGACAGGAGAGAGAAAAUGUUGGUAUUUCCUUGAAAGCUGAGUGAAAUAUUAAAACCUGUGUGCCUGUGCAACAGCAUGCUGAAUUAAGAAAUGCUGAGGAAGUCAUCUUAGAGCAAAAAAAAAAAGGUCAGGGAGGUGCAAACUAGCUAUGGCUUCUGCUUGCAGGAUAUGGCAGUGUAUGCAAAUAAUAUAAAGUAAUUUGGUGUUGAUGCCAACAAAGUACUCCUGAGAUCUCAGAAACAUCCUGAAUAAUCAGAAUAACCAGUUUAGCCAGUAGCACUGCGUGCUGCUCCCUCAACACAUGAGAAAUUCAGGUGCAAACUAUGCUCCUGUUGAUUGAGCUCCGUGUCUAAAGAAGUUUUAAUCACUAAUUCUGCUAACACAUGUCCCUGAUGGGGAGCAAAUCAGGUUCCUGUGGUCCACUCAAGCUUAUGAUCCAUGCUUGAGUGGAAAACAAAUGAGUAAUUGCAGUUGUGCUCAUUCCUCUCUCCCAGGGACACGUUUGCAGGUUGCUUUUGUUUUGCUCUUAGUUUUGUUGUUGUACCCAAUGGUGAAAGCAGCUCCUCAUCACAUGAACGUGCUUAUUCCAUUCUAGAUUCCUUUCUUUGCAAGGUGCAAACUGCUCAUUCACUGGUUCACUAGCUCAUGUGCCUUGGAUAGCAAAUAACAGCACUCACAUUGCUGCUCUUAAACUAUCCCUUCCCAUACUUGUUCAUCUUCUUCCUUUACGCUGGCAGUGUGGCAGCCAUUCCAGUACGCCGUGCUGCCUAAUCCUACUUAUUGUGCAAGGGACAUAUGCCUGUUAUUUUCUUGUCAGGUUUAUUCUCUCUCAUCUACACAGCUUCUGCAAAAUGUUAUUCUUUCCUGUAUGCAUUUCAGACAGUUUAAUCCAGAGCCAGGAUUCUAGUUUGGUUACUGUUACUUUUGAGGCACACUCAGUCCUUCGCACCAAGGUGUGUAAGCCAUACAGUCAGACCCCAUUUUACUGAUGCUAUCAAGCUUAAACUUUCACACAGACCCUGAGUUUUCUGUGCAGUACAUUGUGGGAUUGCUUUCUCCCAGAAGCUGCAUCCUGCUUUAACUAUGGUCUAUGGACUGGCAGUUUCUAAAGCUUGAGCAGGUGUUGGGAUCUGGUCUCAAAGCAGCACUCUGCAAGCACUCGGAUGCUAUUUACUGGAGUCAGUUGUCCCAAAUCUACAAAACUGGCUCAGAAAUUGCUCCCUCUUUUGACUUCUCCUGUGAAUGUCUCUUUUAAGUGUGCAAUUACUGCUAGGAGUGCCAUCUGCUGUUUGCUGGGUCGCGCUGUGUCUCCGUUGCUUGUCCAGGUUUCAGUGUGACAGAACCUACCUCGUUUAUUUUGGCAAGAUUCAACAUUUACAUGAAAAACUAAACCCAGAUAUGAAAAGGCAGAAGAGCAAAUGGAUUUUCUCUCAUCUCCUGGAGCAUAGCUCUGUUCUCAGCCAUCCCUUUGCAAUUCCUUGUGUUGUUACCCAGCUACGGGGGAAGGAAUGAACUUUAAUUCCUCUGAGUUUAGCCUGAAGUCAAAAGAAACAUUUUUCAAUGUCUUAAAAGAUGUUUCGUCUUGUUCCUUUUAUUUUUUCCCCCUGCUCCGUUCAUUGAAAGAGCAAAGUCUGUAUUUCCAUUUCAGUCUAUUUUUUCAUGCACUUUUUGCCUCGCUCCAGCCAGAUCUGCACGGUCACACCAAAGCAUUCUCUUUGCCCCUGAGCAUUCUCGGAAGCUGUUGUAGGCUGCACCAUAAGGUUGUUCUCAGCAUCCUGUUCUCUAGAAAUGGCAGCCAGAUUCUGAACAGACAGGAAUGUGUGACUUUGGUUGCGCUGAAAUCUUCCUAUCUUCCCCAUCCGCCGUGCUGGGCUGCAGCUGAGGUGUGCGGUGUCCACACGAUGGCACUCUGUCACAGUCAUCUUUUAGUGCCGUUAACCUCAUGUUUGCCAGCAUGCUGCUUGGAGCUGAGCGUGGAGCUUCACCAGAAGCACAGCCCUGCCUUGCUGCUUUCCCACUGCUACUCCAUUCCCUACUUCAACCACAGAGCUGAAGCACAAAGCGCCUUCACAAGGCUGCCUGGCUUUAGGUAAGCACCUCGGGUUAUGAUAACAGUAUUAUUAAUAUUAUUGAUGACAGCCAAAAUGUUUUUUCACUCUGAAUGUGUACCUCUCUUCACCUUCAAGACCAUGAACUGUGCUCACCCUUUGCCUGUUAAGUUAAAUAACAGCACACUGCCUAAAACUGUCUCUCCGUUUAAGUAUUUUUUUUUUUCCUCUGGGAAGGAACUAAAAAGAAUUCCUCAAAUCUUUCCAGGAUACCAAAGGAUUCUUAUGCACCUCCUGGAUCUUCCUAGAAACGACUGAAUGUGUGGAUGAAGGACCUGAGCGAAAGGUCCCUCCCUGUGCAGUGUGCAGUGCUUUUGGAGGUGGAUGAACGAGGUCAUGGCUCUGGUGAAGGAGAGAGGCAGUUGCAGAGGGCAGCCCUGAUCUACCUGCUGCCAUGGUAUGUUGUGAUACCACCUUCCCUUCAGGCACCUGGAACUGAAAAAAUACCCACGUCCCAUGGCCGAGGGCACCAGGUGACACGUGAGGGUGACCAAAGAACCCUCAUCCAAGAGGGUUUCCAUCUUGAGAGUGGUGAAUGAAAACACACUGAGUCCUGCCUGGUAGAGACCAGAGCAGAGGAACCACCGUGGCUGCUGCACUCAGCACUGCAAACAUAACUUCAUGUGCUACCCAGACUGUGAAACUGCACGUAGUGGAGACAAGAAUGCUAUCUAGAGAUGGUAACAACUCCUGUUUCUACCCACUGCUUCUCUUUUCCUGCUCCAGAGGCCAUUUAAGCCCUAUGAAAUUCAAUUGUCUCUAUUCAGGAUUUUCCCUUAGUUGAAUAAAAGCAGGGCUGUGAGUUUUACCAGAGCUUUAUGGCCAUCCUGUUUGACCACGCUGGUACCCCAGGGCUCUGCCUGUCAGUUUUGUGGAGCUCAUGACUGACCGAACUGGAUCACGCUUCUGUUCAGGUACUACACAGUUUUCUCCCGUGUGGGAUGUGCGAUCAGCCUGCUGUUCAGAUCCUCUUAACCAGCCCCACUCUUCCUCUUUCGAGGGAAGCACCACCAGUCAUUGCAGUCAUUCACUGUGUGCAAGACCAGGAGCAUCUCAGUACAUGGAACAUGCUGCGAGCUUCAGCACCGACGCAUUGAGAACUGGUUCCCAAAACAGCAUUUGAAGACUGGAUGUUUGAUGAAGAGAAAGCCAGAAUGAUCUGGAGGAAUAAACGAGAACUGAGCUCUGCACCGUUUGGAAGCAGGUUCUGAUCUACAAAUCGUGCAGAAAUCAGGUUUACAUCAGGAAUCCAGGCAGUAUUGUAUUGUCUCUUGGGUACUCUACCAGGAGAGAUCUUCAUAAAUACCAGAAGUGGGACAUUCAGAUGUUAGAGUGGAAGUGAAAAUACUUUUGAGGAUAGCUUUGUCCCAGCUAUGUUGGGGCAUAGGUCACAUGCCCAGAUGUUUCUAUUGCAGCCUCUCACUUUCCAGUAAUGAUUUAUGCAGCUGCUGUUUUCAACAAGUUGGUUUUUCUUCAGUGUUGGGCUCCAGUAUGAGAAGUUGUAAUUCAGCAAAAAGGUGAGCAUCUUUCUUCAUCAUCCUGGAAAGAUUACAUUGAAAACUGAAAUCAGUUCAGAGGAUGACUCAGUAUAACCUUUCGACAGAGCUCUCUCUCCAGAGCUCAGCAAAUAAGUCAUUAAAUUCUACUGAACCACCGCUGGCUUUGGAUGAAAGGACAUUAUUAGGGCUGAAGAUAUCCCUGUCGGUCCUUCUGUCUGUCAUAACUUUGGCAACGAUCCUUGCAAACAUUUUUGUUGUUAUUACAAUUUUUUUUACUAGAAAGCUCCACACACCUGCAAAUUACCUCAUUGGCUCCUUGGCAGUAACAGAUCUUUUAGUGUCCGUCCUCGUGAUGCCCAUCAGUAUCGCUUACACUGUCACCCACACGUGGGCCUUUGGCCAGGUGCUGUGUGAUAUCUGGUUAUCAUCAGACAUCACGUGCUGCACAGCCUCAAUCCUACACCUCUGUGUUAUUGCGCUGGACAGAUACUGGGCUAUCACAGAUGCUUUGGAAUAUGCCAAACGCCGGACUGCUGGCCGAGCAAUGCUCAUGAUCGCCGUGGUUUGGAUGAUCUCCAUUAGUAUUUCUGUGCCACCGUUUUUUUGGAGGCAAGUGAAAGCUCACGAAGAAAUCGCAAAGUGUAAUGUGAACACAGAUCAGAUUUCCUACACCAUUUAUUCCACUUGUGGAGCUUUCUACAUUCCGACUGUGCUCCUCCUGAUAUUGUAUGGUAGAAUUUAUGUAGCAGCUCGAUCCAGGAUCCUGAAGCCACCCUCAGUGUAUGGGAAACGAUUCACUACUGCACACCUGAUAACUGGCUCUGCUGGGUCUUCCCUCUGCUCCAUUAACGCAAGCCUUCACGAAGGGCAUUCCCAUUCUGGUGGCUCCCCAAUAUUUAUCAAUCACGUUCAAAUAAAACUUGCAGAUAGUAUUCUGGAGAGGAAAAGAAUUUCUGCUGCGAGAGAAAGGAAAGCCACCAAAACUUUAGGAAUUAUUCUAGGAGCUUUCAUUUUCUGCUGGCUGCCGUUCUUUGUCAUGUCCCUCGUCCUGCCCAUCUGCCAGGACGCAUGUUGGUUUCAUCCCAUCCUGUUGGACUUUUUUACGUGGUUAGGUUACUUAAACUCAUUAAUCAAUCCCGUCAUUUAUACAGCUUUUAAUGAAGAAUUCAAACAGGCUUUCCAAAAACUAAUACAUUUCAAAAAGUGCUCGUCUUGAUCCUCUACUGUUGCGUUACUGAGCUUUGCACAAUCUUGCAGCCUCCCCUGAGAUUUUUUUGUGCUUUGAUUCCUGGGUGCAGAGUGGUGAUCUCCAUCCCUGUGCUGUGCAUGGAACAGGGAAUGUCUCUGUUUGGUUUGGCAAGUUGGGUUCUCUCUGUCUGGGACUCUAUAUACCAUAAGAUAACUUGUCUGUGGUCUCUGCAGUGAUCAUUUUUAUGCGUAAUAUCAACAGAUGAAGUAAAGUUUGCAACAGGUGAAAGACAGAACAGAAAGCUGAGUUUGUGCAGGGCUGCUCUGAAAGUAAUGCCUCCUGGUUUGUAGUGUUGGCCCACAAUGCCAGAGGUGGGUGUUGGUGGGAUGGCAGUAGAAGUUGAACCUUCCUGCCGAUAUCCCAUUACAUAUUGCUGCUGCAUGACUUGUGGCAGCAGUCUGACAAACGGUGUCUGAAACAGAAGUGUGUAUAUAGCAAAGGUGUGUCAUUGAAUUCCUCCAUGCAGGAAGAAAUGGCACCCACUGACAUUCAUCGACACUUUGGAAUGUUUCUGGAGACCCAGAUGUGAGCACAGUGAGGCGGUGAGUGGUGCAUUUCAACAGAGGUGACAGUGAUGAAACAGUUGAGUUGCAUUCUGGAUACAGCCACACAGAUUUUUAGAGCGUGGCAUGCAGCUCUUGUUCAUUGCUGGUGAAAAUGCACAGCUAAUGGUGGUGGAUAUACUGAAAAAUAGUGUUCUGUAGCUGAGAAUUUGCUCUAUCAAGCAGUGCUGCUGUACUCUUUGCAUCUGUUCCAGUUUCUGCAGACAGAAAUAGGAGGCAGUACUGUCAGAGCAACAUUUAGAAUAAGAUGGCACAUGCUGCCAAGUCUGUCAUGUCUUUGUAACCUGAUGGGAGGAAAGCUUAUGCAUAUUUGGAGGACUUCAGUACUUCUGCUGUGUAUUACCAGCAUUUCAUGAAGGCUUAGAAGGUUUCUGGAGAAUGGGACCUAGCCACCUGCAUUUCCUGUGGCACUUACCUGUCCAUCUGCAACUGAUAAAACUAGCAGCUGUGGCAGAGAACAGGAGGCAGCCUGAGUGCAGGCAGCAGGGCAUGAAGAUGUAGCAAGCAUGUGAGUUCUCUGGGCACUUCACAAAUGUGAAUUUGAAGCUGCAAUUUUGGUAAACUGCAGAAAGAAGACAUACUGUUGGCAAUCAUUUUUACACAUUUGAUCAUGUGUGCAAUAGCCAGUGCAGAAAUACUACAAAAUAAAUAGCAUGAACAUUACUGA